CCGUAGACAUAAAAAACCCUUCUGGUGAAAACAGAUACAAUCAAAUGCAUAUUAGGGAGCAUGGGGUACAAGAUCCUUUUAAGAGUGCUUAGAACAGCAAGGAGUGCUGUGCUCACUCUUUCGCGCAGCCACCAAAAAGAUGUGAGUGGAGACUCAUCUGUGCCUGGUCCCUGUGAGCGGAGGCAAGUGCUUGUUCCUUGUACCCGUUCCCUGUGUCAGGAGGCAAACACUAUAAUAAAUUCAUUUUUUAAAUGAUGUGCCAUUAAUUAACAAAAGUUAUGGCAUGGUACCUGGAGUCUGAAAGGUUGAGGAUCACUGUUCUGUCCCUUUCAAACAGCUCAAAGUUAAUUUUAGAAAAAAAUGAAUUGGUUUCCAUUUGAUAAUAUAUCUUAAGUCCCCUCCCCCCCUACACAGUAACUGGGUGCUUAGAAGAAUUGUAUGAAUGAUCUUGUUUAUAUUGGUUUUCUGUCCUCAUUAGGUUUUGUCACCUUGCAUUACCUGUAAGACUGAAUGACUGGAAAAAUCAGUAGGCUUCUGAUAUAAGGAAGACCAAAGGAAUUGAACUGAACUGAGGGACAGUAGACUGAUUUUUUUUUAUUCAGAAUGAAAAUCAGUUCUAAACUUUUAUUUUUCUUAAUGUAUUUGUAUGUAAGAAACACUAAAGAUUCAGCACGUAUGUUCAGUUAAGGGAGAUUUGAAGGAUUAAUACAAAUGGGAAAGAGCCCCACCAUGGAAUUACUUUUUGACUGGGGAACAUCCAACUGCACAGUUAGUGAUCUUGUGGAUGUAUUAAUAAAGAAUCAGCUCUUGGCACCAGCCACUCUUUUGCUUCCAGAUGAUGUUCAGGUGGCAAAUGACAUUACCUGGCAAACGACAAUACCUUUUUCUUCACAAGAAACUAUGCCUAUAUGUGGGAAGCAAGUGCCAGUUCAGGAAAAACAAGUCACAACUUUAAAGCCUGUUUUAGCUCAGGAUAAUGAGCAGCAACCUUCAGCUCCUCCCUGCUUAUGUCAAGAGAACAACAGCCCAGAGUUCAGUGACACAGAUUUCCUCAGUUUUUGGUUUCAUGAGUUGGAAAGUAUUACAAAUAAUUUUGAUGAGCGACCUGAAUCAGCUGGAGGUAACAAACUGGGAGAGGGUGGCUUUGGAGUUGUGUUCAAAGGCUGCGUCAAUGGAAGAACUGUGGCAGUGAAAAAGCUUGCUGCUAUGGUUGAUGUUAGCGUUCAAGAUUUGAAACAGCAGUUUGAUCAAGAAAUAAAAACAUUAGCAAAGUGUCAUCAUGAAAACCUAGUAGAACUGCUGGGCUUCUCAAGUGAUGGUGAUCAACCUUGUCUUGUUUAUGAAUUCAUGCCCAAUGGUUCACUGCUUGACAGAUUAGCUUGUCUAGAUGACACAGCACCAAUUCCCUGGAGUACAAGAUGCAAAAUUUCUCAUGGUACAGCAAAUGGCAUCAACUUUUUGCAUGAAAACAAUCACAUUCACAGAGAUGUUAAAAGUGCAAAUAUCUUAUUAAAUGAGGCAUUUGUGCCAAAAAUUUCUGACUUUGGGCUUGCAAGGGCAUCGGUGAAAUUCACACAAACUAUUAUGACCGAUAGAAUUGUGGGAACAGCAGCCUACAUGGCACCCGAAGCUCUACGUGGAGAGAUAACACCCAAAGCGGAUAUUUUUAGCUUUGGUGUGGUUUUACUGGAACUAAUAACAGGGCUUUCUCCAGUGGAUGAAAACCGUGAGCCACAGUUGCUGUUAAGUAUCACAGAAGAAAUUGAAGACGAAGAGAAGACAAUUGAAGAUUAUGUAGAUGAAAAGAUGAGUGAUUGGGAUACCACGUCAAUUAAUAAAACGUAUGCAAUUGCUAGCCAAUGUUUGAGUGAAAAAAAGAACAGAAGACCAGACAUUAAGAUGGUCCAACAGCAUCUGCAGAAGAUAAUUCUCUGACAUGUAUUUCUUAUUUGAUACAUGUUUCAUGCAUGUUCAUUUUCUAAAAUAUCAGCUUUACAUUCCAGUUGGACUCUAGCAAACAUGGACUUCUGUAUCCAGUUGGAUGUCAUGUCUGCAUUCUGAGCUUUUGUGGCCUAUAUGAAGACUAUGUUGAUGAAAAGAUGACUCCUUUGUUACCACAGCACCGUUUUUUGUGGCACCAUUAAAGCCAUUUUCUCAAAUAAUUUGUGCCUUAACCGUUAAAGAGAUCUGAUAGGACUAAGACCUGGUAUCCUAACCCUCAAAGUUAUAAUACUUCACUCCCAUGAGUCUCUCUUUACUAACUUUGGAGAGCAAGAGAACUAAAAAUCUGUUUCGGGCAAUACAUGUUAUGUUGUUGCUCUACUUUCUCCACACUUCUGCAGAUCUCUGGGUAAUCAAUAUACUUGCUAUAAUACAUCAGGAAACAGACUGACUAGGCCUUUUCUUUUUUUAAUGAAAGCAAAAGCAUUUCUAAUUGUGGAACAUGGCUUAUAUUACUCUUGUCAAGAGUUCAGGUAACUUGCAUUAAUAAUUUGUUCCAUGCAAUGUACAAUAAAAAUACUGGCAAUAUCCAUUUGAACAAAUUAGCUGAGAAUGUAUUUCAGAUUCAUGCAACAUUUGGAAACACAAGCUGAUGAGUGUUUAGAUUAAUUUAAAGUUUUCUCAGGAUUAUUGGUGAUAUGGAGAUCUAAAUGGAGAUAUGUUUUCUUCACUGGAUUUUUUUUAGUAAGAAUAAAUAAGUGCGCUGCAAUGUGAAUAUAUAGCAGAGGACAGAAAUGGUAGAUGUGGGUUCUCUUCUGUCGAGUCAUGACAUGAGAAGGCAUUUAUCUUGUUUCUGUUUCCCUACUUAGGAAAAGAAAGUUUUAUCCUGCUUUUGUAAACUACUAAAAGAGCUUUGAAACAGAUGCUAUAACUAAAAUAUUACAUAUAAAAAUCCAUUUGGACUGAAAAGUGUACAGUAUAGUGCUAUUUUAGGACUAAUUUGCAUUCCUUUAUUUGGGCUAAUGACAGAGUUCUUGAAAGCUGAUAGAGUGGGGUGGGAGUAUUAUACAGUGGCAAUUUGCAUACUUGAAUGUGUUAAUAAAAAUGCAGGUAGAGUAACUCAAGUAUAAACAGUUGCAUUCAAUUUUUAGACUUAAGACCUAAAUCAGUGAUAACAUAUUAAAAUAUUAUUGUUUGUAAAUGGAAGCUAUGACUUUAAAUAAACCUUAUCUUUUGCAUCUA